UAUAUAUAAAAAAGAGAAAUUAUGCAGCUAAAAAAGUAAGUUCUCUGCCUGUGCUCUUUUGCUCUGCUUGGUCUGGGAUGAAUUUGUUUUAGGAAUCAAAGCUGAUAAGGGAAAGGGAGUGCCAGGAAAAACAGAGCUGAUAGAGACACAAACUUUGGAAUGAAGAAGUUUGGCUGGCAGAUAUAAUAACUGAAAGACAAAGCUUGCCACACAGAAUUGAAAUUGCUUCUUGGCAAGCACAAACAGUGAUUGAAGUGGUGUUAUCAUUCUGGGAGGCACCGAGCUACAAGUGGAUAUUCUUUGAGGUUGGGCACAGUAUUUAAAAGAGAUCUGGGAACUACCAACAAUUUCUAAAACUGACCAAGAAUGUCCAGAAUCAAAUGUGUGUAAAGACUUUGCAUGUACACACUGGGGAGAAAGGUUGGGCUCACAAGGAAAUAAUAAAAGUAAGAAUGCCAGGGUGUGUGGGGUGUGUGUGUGUGUUUCAUACAAAGCCUAGCAUCUUGCCUCUUAUUUAUUUAUUUUGAUUUGAUUUGAUUUGAUUUUAGAGGUUUCUGGAAAAAUACGGCUAUUUUGAGUCUGUGCUCCAAGGAUCAGACCCAGCAGGAUUCUCAGAUGCCAUAAAGGAAUUUCAAUGGAUCUCUCACCUGCCCCUCAGUGGCACCCUGGAUGCUGUCACUCUCCAUCACAUGAGUCUUCCUCGCUGUGGCGUCAAUGAUGCAGAGAGCCACAUGGCAUGGAAGGAGCGUGUGGGUGCCCUGUUCUCAGGAGAGAAAGCCAGGAAGAGGCGCAGGAAACGAUACCUGCAUCAAAGUGGCAAGUGGUACAAACGACACUUGACUUACCGGCUAAUCAACUGGCCUUGGUAUCUGCCCCAGCAGCAGGUCCGCCUGGCAGUGAAAGUGGCUUUUGAGCUCUGGAGCAACGUCUCUUCCUUGAUUUUUUGGGAAGCAGUAGAAGAACCUGCAGAUAUUCGCCUGACAUUCUUCCACGGGGAUCACAAUGAUGGAAUUGAGAAUGCCUUUGAUGGUCCAGGAGGUGCUCUUGCACAUGCCUUCUUCCCACGCCGUGGUGAGGCCCAUUUUGACAAUGAUGAGAGAUGGUCUCUGGACAGUGGGAAAGGUCGCAACCUCUUUGUGGUUAUGGCCCAUGAAAUUGGUCAUACACUGGGCCUAGAACACUCCCCCGUGCCCAGUGCUCUCAUGUCCCCCUACUACAAGAAGCUGGGCAAGGGUUUUGUCCUGAACUGGGAUGAUGUUCUUGCCAUCCAGAAUUUAUAUGGAAAGCCAUCCCGAGGCCCAGUGGUCCAGCUUCCAGGGAAAUCAUUUGCUCACUUCCAGGGUGGGAAGCAGUACCUUGAAAGCCAGGAGCAGAAUCAAGAGGCAAAUUUCAACUUCCAUUACUGCUUGUCAUUUUUUGAUGCCUUAACUGUAGAUACGGAAGGCAAUCUGUACAUCUUUAAAGGCAAGUAUUACUGGAUUAUAUCCAAAGGAGAACCUCCUGCUGGUCCAUACCUUCUCCAAGCCAAAUGGCCAGGCCUUCCUUCCGCCAUUGACGCUACAGCCUUCUCAGAGAAAGAUAAGAAAUUCUACUUUUUUAAAGGUGGCCGAUGCUGGCGCUACAAAGGAGCUUCCCUAGAAGAAGGCUUUCCCCAGAAGUGCAGCCUUACUGGUGACCUCCCACGCCACCCUGACACUGCCCUGUUCUUCCAACCACUCCAUCAACUGGUGCUUUUCAAAGGACCUAAGUAUUAUGUAGUCAACGAGGAGACUCUCCAAGUGGAACCUUAUUAUCCCCGAAGCUUGAGAGAUUGGGGAGGAGUUCCAGUUCUGGCAAAUGGUGCUGUCACACAUCAGGAUGGCUUUGUUUAUUUCUUUCGAAAUGACCGGUUCUGGAAAUUCAACCCAGAGAAGCUAGAAGUGGUGGAAACUGGAAAAUGGGCCGUUCAGCUAGGGUGGCUAGGCUGUCAGGAUGUCAGCCUAAAUCAGGCUGGGGCCUGAUCUUUCUGUGCAACUCUGGAUUUGUCACUCAUUUUUCUAGGAAAAUCUCCAGAAGGCUAGAACUUCUUGACCUAUUUAUCCUGUGCUCAGCAGUUUGCUUUUAAACUGGUCCCAAGGAGAUUACAAACACCAAAAGAACUACGCAAGGCUAAGCCAAAGUUGCAUUUUCUGGAAGAAAAACUCAAACCCUCACGAAGCAAAACAAUUUGGUGUGAGGAACCAUCAGUCAAGAUUUGCACCAUAAAUGUUGAGCGUUAAAACAUUGUGAAGUGGGUGAGGCACACUGGUUCUUGAUUUGCACUGAUCAGAAGACACUAAAUUGAUGUUGUCCCUUCUAGUCAGUCAGAGACACUGUAGAAAAGAGGACAGAAAGUAAACAUCAUUCUCCAUUGGCAAUGGCUACACCUUCAUAUAGAAACCAGUCUUCUUAACUUGGAAUCUUUGGUAUUAUUAUCCAUCUUUAUCAUCCAGAAGUGACUACCAUGGAGAAUGCAAAACCAGAGGGUCUUCUUCAACAGUAAAUUUUCCUCUACGAUUGAGCCUUAAAUACCGGUGCCUAAUCAUGUACUUGAACUUCUGCCUCAGGAGCUCCACGGUCCAUUUGUUUGUUACAUCUUCAUUGUGGAGCUGAAGGUGUUCAAAAUUACUACCUCCUCUUCCUGUUAGGUAAUGUAACUUCUAUGUGGUGCUUUUUGUUUCUCUGUUAAACAGGUAGCCAUUUUGUAGGAUUUUGAUGUUAUUUUAUAGCAACGCUGUACUCUUUUUCCAUGUACAUAGUCUUUUGUCAUCUCACUGUGGUCCUACAUCAGUUGUGUAAGGAACAAAUAUGUGACAAUGGCACACUCAGAAAGGACUCCAAGCCAUCACAACAGCUUGAGGAAUAAAUCCCUGUGGGUACCCAAGUCUCCUUCGGGGGCACUAAAUUGCUAGAAGAUUGCUUUUUAUCUAAUAUCUCCCGAGUCUUCUAACAUACUAAUAUUAUUUCCAGCAGAUGUGCAGUUCCAGUAUAAUUUUUCUCAAACUGAUACAUAUGAAAGAUGGUGCUAUUUUUAACAGAUGUCCCUAUUUAGAAGUUUGGAAUAUUCUUCCAUCAUUGUUCCCAAGAUGACAUAAAAACAUAUGAAGAGCCAUUCUGAUUUAACAGACAUAAGACUCAUCUUGACUAACAUUUGAUUUCCCACAUUGAGGCCAAUAGGGAGGAUGUGUAGUCCCCUUCCGCUCAUGUUCCCAGCAACAGUGAUUGAGAGGGUUAUGUUUCCAAGCUUUGGUGUUGCCAGUGGCACGCUAAACUAUCUUCCAUAAUGUUUAGAGAAGCCACUCCGUCCAUCAGAACUUGGUUUCCUGGAGGACUGAGCUCAGAUAGCAUUAUACUGUACCAAGCAACCAUGUGAGCGGUCUUGGCCAGAGCACACGAUACACAUGGGUCUUGUGCUAAAUAUGCACUUGGGGAUAAUCUUGUGUCUGGGCUGUAUACAGGCACACCUCGGAGAGAUUGUGGGUUCGGUUCCAGACCACUGCAAUAAAGUGAAUAUCGCAAUAAAGCGAGUCACAUUAGUUUUUUGAUUUCCCAGUGCAUAUA